AUGAUCGAUGGCAUGCCGCCCACCAACUCACCCAGACGCAUCAGCCCACGGUGCGGCACACACACACACACACACACAUACACACACACACACGGGCCAUGCACAGACCUAUCAUAUGCGUGUAUGUGUGUGGAUGGGUGUCAGCAGUCACGCCGAGAAGGACAAGGAGGGAUUCGCGCUGCGCCGCAACAGCUCGUCGUCCCUCUCAACCACCACUCCCGCCAAGCUCCCAAGAGACAGCACCAACACACAAGAGGAAGGCGGCCAACAGGCAGACCACGGUGACGCAGACGAGGCCGACGCGACGAGGAGGACACGGACUCAUCGGAGGACUCGACCGACCGCAGCAAAAUCAUCUCCAUCCUCUCCCGCACCCGCAACUCCAUCCAGCUUUCCCCCCCGCUCAGACGCAUCUGCCUCAGCGCCCCACGGGCCCUCCACCCCGUCUCGCCGACACUCAAAGCGCGUCAGCGGCAGGGCAGCGGCAGGGGCAACUGUCUGUGAUGGGGUUUGGUGCGUUUGUCGAGGACGAGACGUCACCCACAGGCCGGCGGUCGGGGCCUCAUGACAGCGACGGCAAUGGCGAGGCGAGAGGUCCUCAGAUUCCUCCAGGACGGCACUCACUGCCAGAUCGACGCUCAGCUGCAAGAAAUCAAAGGGUCAGCGACACGCCUACACCCACACCCACAAUACACAACACACACACGUCACGGCUUUGUCACACUGAUUGACGCAAUCAGGCUCUGGGGGCUCCAAGAAAAGACCCUGAAGGACCUGAUGAAGAUCAAGUCGUCCAUGCAGGACAGGACUCGGCGGUUCAAUGCAUCGUCCAGGCCACCUUCGACCAGUUCGGCAACGAGGCGCCCCAGCUCUUGGGCGCAUCCCUCUCCCCCUCCUGGCCCAGCCAGCAGCCACCCAAGCCGGAGCGCCUCUCACCCCGACACCACCCCCAAUCAGCCGUCGGCAAAGACAAAGGCAAGGACACGAGCAUCCUCUUCCCCCCUCUUGGCAGUGAGACCCCUCACACGCCCAUCGGCACCCGCCCCCAGUGGCCGGCGUUGCGCUUAGCUCUGGGGUUGGGGUGGGCAGAUGGGCCCCACGAGGGACGUGACGUCAAGGUGGAGAAAUCGGAGAAAGCGGCUCCCGUGUUGGUCAAGGAGGCCGUGCAGGAACGAGAGGCGGUGGUCGUUGGCAAGGCCAAGGAAAAGAAGGAGCAGAAGGCAGAGCCGCCCGUCAAGAAAGAGGAGCUCACACAACAGAAGGAGGAGGCACCCAAGAAGACCGAGACAGAGACGGAGACACCGGCGGUGGUGGAACAGCAACAGCACAGCAGGUGCAAGUCCAGCAGGUCCAGCAGAUCCAGCAGGUCCAGCAGCAGCAGGAGGUGCAGGGAGAGGCAGUGACAGUGGUGCCCCUGACGCCUCCGACGGCGGUCAAGACCACUGCUGGCGGCAAAAAGGUCCGUGAGCCCGACGCGGAGGCAUCCAUCCCCAGCCGCUGAAAGACCUCCCCAGCCCUUCCCAAGAUGCCCUCGCCCCCAGCACUCGAGGCUCGCGCCUUGACCGCCUACAGGCCCAUUCCCAAGCAGGUGCCACGUGGCGGUGUGCUGAUGGUGUUGCUGCCGUGAAGAAGGAGGGCGUGUUGAAUCGUGCUGCGAGGGAGCAGGAGGGCAAGAAGCCCAUAGAUUCGUUAAUUGACGACACCCCAAUGCUACCCCCUUUUUCAAGGUGACGUCAGCGUGGUUUUUCCCCGUGAGUGCGUGGACGAGUGCGUGAGGGCGUUGCAGGCCGACCGUGUGUGUGUGCGUGUUGUCAUGCAGACUGACUCCAUGAGUGCUAUUUGUAAGAGACUAACUCCCACAGUGCUCACGCGGGUCAGGGUACCUACCUGAUUUGUGUCUUGUGGUCACCGGCAGGCAGGCAGACAGGCAGGCAGACAGACAUCACACAAAGGCCGCGGUUGAGAGUGCCGUGGGGUGACCGGGGCGCACUUUGGCUAUGCGUCUAUCGAGUGUAUGCAGCUGCGCGGUGUUUUUUCAAUGUCAGCACGGUGUUUUCUCGAUGUGACUAUGUUCGCCCUUGACUUCAUGGACAAGUGUGUGGUGAGGACGUUGCCAAGGCAUCCGUGUGCACGUGGAUCGAUGGACGAGUGCGUGAGGGCGUUGCAGGCCGACCGUGUGUGUGUGUGCUUGUUGUCAUGCAGACUGACUCCAUGAGUGCUAUACACGUGUGCCGGCAUAUUUCAUUCAAGUACCUACUACCUGAUCUACCGGAAGGGGGGCAGGCAGGCAGGCAGAUUAGAUCAGCUUACACAGCAGCGAUUUGGACUGUUGACUGCUGGGUGUGGGCUGGCCAAACUGGCGAGUCUGGUUUAUGUAUGGUGUGUUAAGCGGUACCUGUGGAGUGGAGAUGCAACCAUGACUUGUGUGCUCAAAGGGUUGACACGGCUGUUUUUGUUGGUUGGCUCUUUGGACUCGUUGAGCAGGAGGCCUGCAAGUGAGAGGAGAGAGGCAAUUGUGACUGGACUUGGCUGCACAUAUGUGGGGUGGGUAAUGUAAAGCAUUUGUGUGAUUGUGAAUGGACGGCCAAAGCGGCUGUGUGGGAGGGACUCACUUGGCUGACUUGGCUGAGUGGAUUGAUUAGCCUGACCUGUGGUGUUCGUCUGGCC